AUGGCUCCUAUCGAUCCUCACUCUUACACUGACUCAACUCACCCACCAACCACUCACAUUUCCCUAUCACUCUACCUAGAUUUCGCAUCUUCAACCAUUCACGCUUCAGCACUUUUCACUCUCCAAAACCCUCACUCUGGUCCCUUCUUCCUCGACACUCGUUCUCUCUCCAUCAACUCCGUCACCGACUCUCAAUCCAAUCCAAUCCCGUUUUCUCUCUCUCCAACCGUUGAUCCAAUCAAAGGUUCUAAACUCACCCUCACUCUUACUAACCACACCUCCUUUCUCAUCAACUACACCACCUCACCUUCUUCCUCUGCUCUUCAAUGGCUACUCCCACCUCAAACAUUCAACAAGAAGCAUCCGUUUGUAUACACUCAGUGCCAAGCUAUUCAUGCUCGCUCUGUUUUUCCUUGCCAAGAUACACCGGCGAUUAGGGUUUGUUAUUCUGCCAAGAUGAAUGUUCCCGUCGAAUUGACCGCCGUGAUGGCUGCCAAACACGUGGCGCGGCGUUCCUUGUUAGAUACAGAUGAUUGUUUUGGGAAUUCAUCGAAAGGGAGAGUGGUGGAACAGUUUGAGAUGGAACUUCCUGUUCCGCCUUACCUGUUUGCAUUUGCUGUUGGUGAGCUUGAUAACAGGGAGGUUGGGCCUAGGACUAGGGUUUAUGCUGAAUCGGUUCCGCAAUUGUUGGAUUCGGCUGCUAGAGAGUUUGAGGGGACUGAGGAUAUGAUUAGGGAGGGGGAGAGAUUGUUUGGAGGGUAUGAAUGGGAGAGAUUUGAUUUGUUGGUUUUGCCGCCCAGUUUUCCUUAUGGAGGUAUGGAGAAUCCAAGGAUGGUGUUUUUGACACCUACUGUUAUUAAAGGAGAUGCAACUGGUGCACAGGUUGUGGCUCAUGAACUUGCUCAUAGCUGGACUGGGAAUUUGAUCACGAACAAAACCAAUGAACAUUUCUGGCUCAAUGAGGGCUUCACUACGUAUGCAGAGCGGAGGAUUGUCGAGGCUGUUCAAGGAGAGAAAAGAGCCACAUUGAAUAUUGGAAUUGGUUGGAGGGGUUUAAAUGAGAAUGUAGAGAGGUUCAAGGACAAUUUGGAGUUGACUAAGCUAAAGAAUAAUCAAGAAGGAAUUGAUCCAGAUGAUGCAUAUUCUCAGGUUCCAUACGAGAAAGGUUUCCAGUUCUUGUUGCGCAUUGAACGUGAGGUCGGGAGACCUACAUUUGAUGAGUUUCUGAAGAAAUAUAUUGCCACCUUCAAGUUCAAAUCGAUUGAUACUGAAACAUUCCUUGACUUUCUUAAAGCAAACAUCCCUGGCAUAGAGAAUCAGAUUGACCUUAUACUGUGGACAGAAGGUACUGGCAUCCCAUCUGAUGCUUAUGAGCCCGACUCAAGUGUAUAUAAAACGAUCGUUGCGCUUGCAAAUGAGUCGGUAAAUGGGAGGAUGCCAACGGAGGAUGAAAUAGCUGAGUGGCAAGGUCAGGAGUGGGAGCUCUACUUGGAUAACUUGCCUAAAUCCAUUGAAGUUUCUCAGAUCUUAGCCUUGGAUUCGCGCUACAAGCUAUCUGAAUCAAAAGAUUAUGAGGUAAAAGUGUCAUUUCUCCAAAGGGCUAUUUCAUGUGGAUGCAAGGCUUACUAUAGUGAAGUGGAGAAAACCUUAAAAGAAGUUGGAAGGAUGAAGUAUCUUCGACCACUUUACACUGCACUUGUGAAAGACAGUGGCAAUGAAGAAGACAAAGUGUUUGCCAAAAGACUUUUUUCGGAGGCUCGUGAGUGUUACCAUCCUAUUGCUCAAGGUGUUGUUGAGUCCAUUUUUGCUAAGUACACGUAG